GGGAAGGAAACUGGCCUGCAGAUGCGGAGGGUGGCGAGGGGGGAAGAUUCUCUGAAAAGGGCUGCCGGAGGGCUUCUGUUUUUCGGUGAUGGGAGCGUCAAGUUUUGAUUUUUCUUGUUUUUUUUUUUCUUAGGGGAAAUGAUGAGGGAGGUGGCGGAAGAGAGGAUGCGCGAGGAGAUCAGAAGAGGAGGACAUUAUUAUGGAGUUUGUGCGGCUGGAGGAGUUCUCAGUGCUGGAACCACCCACCUGGUCAUAACCCCUCUUGAUGUCUUGAAAGUCAAUAUGCAGGUGAAUCCAAUCAAGUAUAACAAUGUUUAUUCAUGUUUCACUACUCUAUUGAGAGAGCAAGGCCCUCCUGCCUUUUUCUUUGGAUAUGGUGCUCAAGGUGGGUGCAGAUUCGGUCUCUACGAGUACUUCAAACGGGUUUACUCUGAUGCCUUGGUCGGCAGCAACAGGAGCUUGAUUUUUUUCCUCAGCAGUGCUUCUGCGGAAGCAUUUGCAAAUGUGGCACUUUGCCCUUUUGAAGCUGUUAAAAUUCGGGUUCAAGUGCAGCCCCACUUUGCAAAAGGCUUGGUUGAUGGCUUCCCUAAAGUAUAUGCAUCAGAAGGCCUUCUAGGAUUUUACAGAGGGCUUCUACCACUUUGGGGUCGAAAUCUUCCAUUUUCAAUGGUGAUGUUCUCAACAUUUGAGCAUUCAGUGGAUUUCCUGUAUCGUAAUGUUAUUAGAAGAAGAAAGGAGGAUUGCUCAAAAGUUCAACAACUUGGGGUAACAUGCUUAGCUGGAUAUGCUGCUGGAUCUGUUGGUAGCGUCAUAUCAAAUCCCGCUGACAAUAUUGUUGCUUCCAUCAACAACAAAAAAGCUGACAGUCUCAUGCUGGCAAUCAGGAAUAUUGGGUUUGCGAAUCUGUUCACGAGGAGCCUUCCCAUUAGAAUUAUACUCGUUGGACCUGUAGUAACUUUGCAGUGGUUGUUCUAUGAUACUAUCAAGAUUCUUAGUGGAUUGCCAACUAGUGGUGAAGUCUCAGCUGAUCCACAGAGAGAGAAUAUAAGAGCCUGAGCUAUGCCCAAAUGAUUGCACUGUUUUUUCAGAGAGUGAGGUGGUGUCCUCACCAAAUAAGGAAAUUAGAGCCUUUUUGGGGUGUUAAAUAUGCUGGAAUGUUACAAUCAUUGCAACUACUGAACAAUUCCAAAAGACCAUGAGAUAUGAUGGCAGCCUUUUAUGCCAUUACAUAUCGUGGUUUAUAGCUCUAGUUGUUCUUGAUUUUUGCUCGACCAUUGUUCUUGCUUUUAGCUCAUGGGCGUUUCUCUCCAUCGGUGGCCUAACUUACAUGUCUGAACGAUGUAAUUCUUGUUCUUGCCAAGAAUAUAUGCCUACCUGAUAA